AUGGUUAUUAUACAUAACACGAGUGUGGUGCUGCAGCGAGUGGGAGAGCAGGGGGGCGCUGUGAGGGGUGGUGAGAGGGCGAACCGAAGCGGGGGCGUGGGAGGGGCUGUGGGGGGCGAUUUUGGGGCGGAAAGCGUUGGGGUUGCGGUCGAGCACGGCGAGCACGGCCUCGUGGCGCUGCGCCUCGUUGGCCGGCGAGUUGCAGCACCCCGUGCUGCAAUGAGAGGCAUUGGCAUUGGCAUUGGCAUUGGCAUUGGCAUUGGCAUUGGCAUUGGCAUUGGCAUUGGCAUUGGCAUGGGCAUGGGCAUGGGCAUGGGCAUGGGCAUGGGCAUGGGCAUUGGCAUUGGCAUUGGCAUUGGCAUGGGCAUGGGCAUUGGCAUUGGCAUUGGCAUUGGCAUUGGCAUUGGCAUUGGCGUUGGCGUUGGCGUUGGCGUUGGCGUUGGCGUUGGCAUUGGCAUUGGCAUUGGCAUUGGCAUUGGCAUUGGCAUUGGCAUUGGCAUGGGCAUGGGCAUUGGCAUUGGCAUUGGCAUUGGCAUUGGCAUUGGCAUUGGCAUUGCACGCAUGGCCCAGCCAUGCCAUGCCAGCACAAGAGAGGCAGAACUGCAGCGCCGCCUGCUGCGCCGAUUGCGAAGGUUGCGCGGGUUGGGAGGGUUGCGAGGGUUGCGAGGGCUGGGAAGGUCGCGCGGGUUGCGAGGGUUGCGCGGGUUGCGGGGGUUGCGGGGGUUGCGCGGGUUGCGCGGGUUGCGGGGAUUGCGCGGGUUGGGGGGGUUGCGGGAAUUGCGCGGGUUGCGGUGGAGCAGCUCCCGCGGUGAAAUCGAGGUGGCGGGGCCGCAUCGUGCUCAGCUCGCACAGGCGACCAAGAGCGACCGAGAGCGAUGUAUGGCAGACAAGCUUUCGUGGGAUAAAUCUCGAGCCUUCUCAACGCGUCGCGUCAAGCUACACGAUCAUCGCGUCACCUCAAAUUGA